GUAUUCCCGGUCUACACCACCCAAAGUUCAGUCACUCAGCAGCCCAUAUGGGACCGACCCAUCUAUCAUAUUAGCGGUACUCCCCGUCAGCCCACACACCAGCCCCACGUUCCCGAGUCUCAAGAGCCGCCCACUAUAUAUGUGGUGCGGGAAAUACCGAAAACAUUCGUGAAGGAGACCGCAAAGCCUAGUCAACCGGUUCAGAAGAGCACCAGCGACCGGACAGUUAUGUUAAUCGGCGUCAUCGCCAUCAUAGCCAUUGUGGUCGUGAUUAUAGCGCCGAUAGUGUUAUACUUGAAAGUGUGGCGCCGGACGGACACUGUCUGCAAUGCAUAGCAAAUAUGACCACAAAUUAAUUUUCAAUACUUUACACAAAAUAACAAUUUAUAUGAAAUUUGUAUUUAUGAAUACAGUACUAAUUAUCGUCCAUUUAAAUCAUCA